AUGCCGUGGACAUGUUCAACAAGAGGGAUUAUUACAAGUGCCACGACAUAUUUGAGGCGCUCUGGAAUGACGCAGAGGAACCUCAGCGAACUCUUCUUCAUGCUUUGCUGCAAUCUUCGGUUGGACUCUACCAUCUUCUCAACCAGAGGUGCUAUGGUAGAAUUAGGAGAGGGAGUAUCAAAGUUUGGCAAGCUAAAGCUGAAGAAGGGACCAUUCUACGAAUUUGACAAGGAAAUGAGAGCUGUCUUGGACUUUUUGUACAAUACUCAACUGGAGAACGCAGCUUGCAAUGAUGAUUUUUGUAUUACGAUGGAUGGUUCCCAAGAAAAUUAUCAGCUCUUGGGCAACUUCGGUGCGGGCGAAGAGUUGUACAAAUUGGAAAAAGAUGUAGCAGGUUAUGGACACAGCCUUAUAUUUUCACCAACGAGAUUUGAACAAAAGAACAGUAGUCCAAGUGUGAAACUUCCAAUAUUACUUGCAUGUGAAGGGGAUUUGAAUGAGCUGUAAUAGCUUGAAGUUUGGAACAUAAAAUAGCAUUAAUACGAAAAUUCACAUUUUAAAUUU